GGAGUUUGCCAAAGGGCAUAAAUUACAACCACAAAUAUGAAAUUUGGGCCGUCACAAAGCCUGUAGAGUGUAGAGUUGGCUUUAGCCCAUAAAAUCCAAUUCAUGGAUGGGCUUCACCGCCUGGAAUCCAUGUUUUUGUCGGCCGGAGUACAGAUGGCAGCUCGGGAGCGCUUACACAAACACAACAAAGUAAUCGCCGAGUCGAAGAUCUGAGGAAAAUCCAAACAGAAAAUCCGAUAGCCAUGACUGAACCCGAGAAGCCACCUCCAACCAACCUCCCUUCUUCUUCUUCUUCAGCUCCGACGGAAUCCAAUCCUGUCGGGAAAUCCACCGCCGGGUAUUCGGGUCAAAAACCCCACUUUCCGAACCGGCCGGACGCCACCGCCGGGUAUUCGGGUCAAAAGCCCCACUUCCCGAACCCGCCUGACGCCGUGAACCCGGACCCGGCUACCCUGAGGGAACAAUGGCAAUACGCCACAAAGAAGUACAGCAGGUGGUACUCCCAAGCGUGGGGGUCCGCGAUUCUUGCCGGACUCUCCUUCUUCGCCCUCGGAUGGGUCAUCAAAGGCGGUAAUCCUCUCCCCUCCUUCAAACCCGACGACAGCAACAACAACAACAACAACCCUUCCUCUUCCGAGACCGCCGACGGCGAUGCUCCCCGUUAAAUCUGACCCGUGAGUUUUUUUCCGAUUGGAUUUUGAGAAAUUGCAAAUUGGUCACUCCUCGCUACUUUCCCACCGAUUUCGAAGUUGGGUUUCCUGUAUUUCAGUUGUCUGAAUUGGUCGCUUUCAGUGUUCAUCCUUCUGAAUUAAUCAUCGACGUCGAAACUGACUGUUUUGCAGGCGAAAGAAGAAUGAAGCACACCACACCCUGUAAGCAGCAAAAACCCACCAUCCAUGUGCACUUUUUGUGCUUGGUUGUACACAUUAGCUUUAGCAGAACCUUGAGUUGGGAAUGAAAUGAAUGGAAUGGAGGAUCCUUCUCUGUUUUUCUCCUUUCUGGGGAAUUUGGGUAAUGUAAAAAUAGCCGUUUCUUUAGCAUUUGUGGUAUAAGACUUCCCUGCUGAUCAUGCUUUACGUGAAUGAAAACACUGGUUUGGUUGUUCAUUAGCGAACUUGAAAGUUGAAACCCCAGAUAGAAGGAAGCAGGAACAGAGAAGCUCAAAAGUGAACAACCAAUCAUUGAAAGUAAAGAAAUAGAACUGCU